GUUUUUCAAACGAUGCGUCGUGUAGAGGAAGCGCUGGCGUGCGACGCGUCUUCAGGUCGCCGUUUGUGACACAAGCGGCGCCAAUGUGGAACUAAUGGACAGAGGAGCGGGCAGAGGAGACAGGGGGGUCCGCGGCGGCAGGACACGACCGGGGGGAGCUGAGGAGGCUCUGCGUCAGUGCCGGCUCAUCCAGAACCUGGUGGACAUCUCCACCUCCAGCCUCCAGGCUCUCAGGACCAGAUGCACCGCAACCAACGACCUCACCCAGCAGGAGAUCCGCACUUUAGAGGUGAAGCUGACCAAGUACAUGUGGACGCAGCUGCAGUGGAAGCAGAGGGUACCAGAGAGGGAGAGACCUGCAGCUCUGUCCAGAUACCCGAGACUGGAGAACUGGCUCCUCACAGCUGACCUCACACCACAGUUCAUACAGGCUGCAGCAGGGAAGCUCUCAGUGGACCGGUUGCUGCAGAUGUCCAGCUCUGAGCUGCAGGACACGAUGAGACGCCUGGGCUCCAACUCAGAGGACUGUUCCCGCCUCACCGCCGCCCUCUCCUGUCUGAAGAGCGCCGAUGAAACAGGAGGUGACCUGAGGACUGACUCCUGCAGAUCUGAGUCCCAACAGAACAGUGAUGCCCCCUCUCCCAUUAGCGCCCCCUCCAGUGCCGGUAGCCCCUCCACCCCUCUUCCACCCACCAGCAGCCGCAGCCCCUCCGUCUCCAUAUCAGUGGCGCCUUGCUCGGACGACCAGAGACCAGCUGACGGAACGACCAACAUCUUCGCCGUGGAGCCGAGCGCGCAGACCUCAAAGACUCGCACUGCCAAGCCCUCCCACACGCCGCCGCCGCCUUCCCGCAAGCUGCUGCAGCUCCUCCCCAACAUCGCACUGACGAGGAGCAAGAGUCAGGAGUCGCAGCUGGCCAACCGCAUCGAGGAGCCCGCCGCACACAGAGCCGGUAAGAAGAACAAAGUUCUGGCUGCCAUUCACAUCAACGGGAACGGUCCUGAGGACUCGGCGCUGCCGUCGCCGCUGCUGUCUGCGCGAACGCCCGGCCCCGUCCCGGCCUCAGCCCCUUACAUGAUGCCCGCCACCCCCACCCUGCUGGACAAUGUGACCAUGCUCAGAAGUUCCCCUCAGACAAUGAGGAGAGACAUUGGCCUGGCUGUAACACACAGGUUUUCAACCAAGUCCUGGCUCUCGCAGACCUGCCAGGUCUGUCACAAGAGCAUGAUGUUUGGUGUAAAGUGCAAGCACUGCAAGUUAAAGUGCCACAACAAAUGUACUAAAGAUGCUCCCUCCUGUCGGAUAUCAUUUCUCACAUUGCCAAGGAUGCGCCGGGCAGAGUCGGUGCCAUCGGAUAUCAAUAACCGGAUCGAUCACACGGCGGAGAUCCCGCAGCAGUACGGCACUUUACCAAAGGCAAUCACCAAGAGGGAGCCUCCCGUCACUCUGAACCAGAUGGAUUCCAGCAGUAACCCGUCGUCAGCCACCUCCUCCACACCUUCCUCCCCAGCACAUUUCCAGCAGAGUAACCCCCCGAGUGUCAGCACCACCCCCCCACCCAACGCUUCACCGCGGGGUUCCCGUGACAACCGCUUCCACUUCCCAGAUGUUCCUGCCUCCACGUAUCCAGCUGUUCAACAGUCCGUCAGCUACUAUGAGUCCGGAGCGUCACAGGUGUCCGUCACCGACACACAGCUCCCAGCUGCAGUUAAAGGAGGGGAGGAGGAGGAGGCGGAGGAAGACUACCCAGCGGAGGACGAGGAAGCAGCUGACAGGUGCAGCAGUAAAAAGAGCUUUCCCACAGAGGAGUGUGACGAGGACGGGCUCGAGGACCUGCCGUCUUCCAUAUGUCGCCGCGGGGCCGCCGGCCGCUGGAAGGGCCAGAUCUCCCGUAAAGCCAGCCAGACCAGCGUCUACCUGCAGGAGUGGGACAUCCCGUACGAGCAGCUGCAGCUGGGAGAGCUCAUCGGCAAGGGUCGCUGGGGGAAGGUGCACAAGGGCCGCUGGCACGGCGAGGUGGCCAUUCGCCUGAUGGAGGUCGACGGCAACAACCAGGAUCACCUGAAGCUCUUCAAGAAGGAGGUGAUGAACUACAGGCAGACCAGGCACGAGAACGUCGUCCUGUUCAUGGGCGCCUGCAUGGCCCCGCCCCACCUCGCCAUCAUCACCAGCUUCUGUAAAGGUUUGACUCUGUACUCUGUUGUAAGAGAACGAGGAACCAUGCUGGACAUCAAUAAAACCAGACAGAUUGCACAGGAGAUCGUAAAGGGAAUGGGUUAUCUUCACGCCAAAGGCAUCAUUCACAAGGACCUGAAGUCGAAGAACGUCUUCUACGACACAAACAAGGUGGUGAUCACGGACUUCGGCCUGUUUGGAAUGUCUGGAGUCGUACAGGAAGGAAGAAGAAAGAAUGUGUUGCGGAUACCGCAGGGCUGGAUCUACUACCUGGCUCCAGAGAUCGUUCGAAAGAUGAGCCCAGAGGUCGACGAGGACCAGCUGCCUUUCUCCAAAGCUGCUGACGUUUACGCGUUUGGCACAGUCUGGUAUGAGCUGCAGGUCGGAGACUGGCCAAUCACCAAGCAACCUGUGGAGGCUAAAAUCUGGCAAGUGGGCAGCGGCGAGGGCAUCAAGAAGGUGCUGGCAGAUUCCAACCUGGGCAAGGAGGUCACGGAGAUCCUGUCCGCCUGCUGGUCGGCGGAGCCGGACGACAGACCGACGUUCACCCAGCUGACGGGCAUGCUGGAGAGGCUCCCCAAACUGAACCGCAGGCUGUCCCAUCCCGGACACUUCUGGAAGAGGAACGAGUCGUGGGAUCAUCAUCACUGUCUGAGAGAUCACUGCCACCAGGGCCUGCAUGCACACUGCCCAUACAUGUACAAAUACAGCAGCUGAGAGCCUCUUUGAAACUGAAACCUCGUUUGGAUUUGACUCAAAAAAACGCAAAUGCUGACAAGGUGUUCUUCAGAGUUCUUGUCUCGAGCAGCACGUCCAGCCUGUGAACGAUACACUCUAUUUAUUUCAUUAAAAACAAAAAACUUUUCUUGCGAAACAACAAGAGACUUUCGUGAUGUGACAAGAUGAAGCCAAAACUUAACUUGUAAAUAUUGAAUUAUUCGGCAUCAAGUCAUAACAAGAAAAUGUCGUAUCACAUGAAAAUAUCUUGUAAAAACAAGAACACCACGCUGCUGCUCCUCCCACUUUCUUACCACUAUCUGUCGACGCUUCUCUGUGAAUAUAAAUCCCCACAGCUGGAAGACUGUUGGCUGCAGAUGUUACUGCUAUGGCUAAUUACUGGAGAGGUUAAAGAAACAUUUAUUUCAAGGUUGCCAGCACAAGAUUUACAUCUGAACAGUUGGUUCACCCAAUUUACAAAACUAGAUUAUAUUUUCAUUUAACUUGUUUUCCUCUCAUCUGUGAAAACAAACCUUGAGAGGCAAGAGAUUUUUUUUGGU